GUGGCUGCAGCAGCUGUGCCUGGAGCACCGCACCGAGUGGUUGGUUGUGAUCGCCGCCAGGAAAGCUAUGGGUGCAGGCACAGAGAGCCGCCAGCAGGAGCUGCUCAUCGUCCUGAGAGACCUCAUCAGGCUGGACUUGCUGCCUCAGCUCCACCUUCACUGGCUACUCGAGGAUGGGAUCUGGGCCACGGACAGAAGGCAGCUGAGGGGAGAGAGCAGCGACAUCUUAAUGGAGCUGGAGAUUGUCAUCCAAAGGUUAGGUCAGAUUUUCAGUGCUGGGCUCUCUCUGGAGAGCUGCAUCACCACCUUGGCUCAGCACUACAAAGAGUGUGUUUCUAAGAUCCCACCUGAUGCCAUGAUGCUCUCUGCUCCCCAUCCUGAUCACUGUGCUGCUCAGGCAGCUCCCCAAAGUCUGCCUAUUUCAGACUCACCUCUUGCCCCUCUGGUGUGUCAGGGUAACACAUCCCAGAGUUCUGGCCAGGCUUCUCCUGCUAUGGCAGCAGCUCAGCAGAAGCAGCAGCCUGUGUCAGCUUCUCUUGCAGCUAUUGAGAGUUGUGUGAUUGUUCCCUGGAGUCCACCAAUACUGUAUCUUGUGUUAAAACUGGAGACCACAGAAACCUCAGAGGGUAACAGUGAGGAUUAGAUUACCCAAAGGACUGAAGAUGGCAUCAGGCAGUCUUUGAGCGGCAUUUACACAGAGACUGCUGCCAGGCUGUGUCUGAGUGAGCUGGCAGUGGUUUGGAAGUCCAGGCAGUUGACUGGCACCAGGUAGGACAUGCUCAGUUUACAUAUCCUGGAGGAUGCUCACCCUGUGGGCAUCUUCCAGGAAGGCCCAAGUAGCUACACUUGCCACUUCAACCAUGCCUUCCAACUGCCCUGCUGGCACACCUUGGCUGUGCUGAAUUCAAACAGGAAGCUCUUGCAGAGGGAGAUGCUCAGUAGACCAUGGGAGAGGGGAUGUGAUGCCCAUCAGGCCGGGUUAGACAGUGUUGAUGGCCUCUUGCAGGUCCUAAAGAGCUCCUGGAACAAGUCUUUGGAUAAAUGCCUGGUGGUGUCCUUCCUUACAGCAGAGAUCAGCCAGCUCCCCACCACGGUAGUGAGGACUUUGAGCACAGGACUCUGGGAGCUGGCUGACAGCUGGAUCAGGCCCCCCAUUGAAGUCAAGCUCCAGCACUGAGUGGGAGCUGAGCUGGGUGCUUCCACUGUCUUGCACCUUCAUUCCCCCCCAGCCUGCCAUUUCCUCGGUGUGGAAGGGGCAGUUUGGGUCCUUGAUCUGCUGAGUGUGUGUCACUUCUUGCACAGGGCAGCAGAGGAACUGGAUUGGGAGCUCCUGAUCCCACAGGCAGUGUAACAGUCACUGACCUGGCUAGCAUCUGUGGCCAGGAGCCAGCUCUGGGUGGUGUGAUGUGGGAGGUGCUGGUAUCAUAGAAUCUGCUGAGUUGGAAGGGACCCAUUGGGAUCGUGUCCAACGCCCAGUCCUGUGCAGGACACCACAAAAAUCCCACCAUGUGCCUGAGAGAUACUUCCUGAGUCCAGAUAAUACCUGAACAGGCUUGAUGCCAUGGCCACUGCCCAUGGGAGCCUGUUCCAGUGCUCAGCCACCCUUUAGGUGAAAAACCUCUUUCUGAUAUCCUAUCUCAAUCUCUCCUGACUCAACUUUAUACCAUUUCCUCGAGUUCUGUCACUGGUCAUGACAGUGAAGAGAUCAGUACCUGCCCUUCUGCUUCCUCUCAUAAAGAUGUUGAAGACCACAAUGAGGUCUUCCCUCAGUUUCCUCUUCUCCAGGCUGAACAGACCAAGUUACCUCAACUAUUCCUCAUAAACUUUGCCUCCAGUCCCAUCACCAUCCUUGUGGCAUCUUUUGAACACUAAUAGCUCAAUGUCAUUUUUAUAUUGUGGUGCCAAAACUGCCCCCAGGACUUGAGGUGAGGCUGCACCAGAGCAGGGCAGGACAAUCCCCUACCUUGCUGGUGGUGCUGUGCCUGAUACACCCCAGGACAUGACUGGCCCUCCCAGCUGCCAGGACACUGCUGACUCAUAUUCAACUUGCCAUCAACCAGGACUCCCAGGUCCCUUUCCACAGUUGCUGGUCUUCAGCUGCUUGUUCCCCUGUCUAUAUAUACAACCAGGGUUGCCCUGUACAAGGUGCAGAAUCUGUCACUUGCUCUUGUUAAACUUCACAUGGAUGGUGAUUGCCCAUCUCUCCAAUUUGUUGAAGUCUCUCAGCGGGGCCUCUCUGCCCUCAGUGGAGUUGACAGCUCCUCCCAGUUUAGUGUCAUCAGCACUAAACAUUAGUAUAUUACUUAGAAUUCCUUCAAGUCCUGAGUCCAAGUCGUUAAUGAAGAUGUUGAAGAGAAUUGGGUCAAUGAUGGAGCCCUGUGGAACCCCUCCAGUGACUGGACACCAGCCUGAUGUCACCCCAUUCACUAUAACUCUGUGCCCAACCUGUGAGCCAGUUGCUCACCCAUUGUGUAACAGGAUUAUUCAGCUGCAAGCUGGACACUUUGUCCGAAAGAAUACUGGGACAGACAGUAUCAAAAGCUUUGCUGAAGCCCAAAAACAUUAAAUCUACUGGCUUUCCUUGAUCAAUUAGGUGGGUUACCCUGCUGAAGAAGAAAAUCAUGUUCAAUAAGUAGAACUUUCCCCUCAUGAGGAUGUGCUGGCUGCAGCUGGUGACUAUGUUCUCCUCCAGGUGUUUUUCAAUACCUGCCAGAAUGAUCUUUUCCAUGAUUUUACUGGGCACUGAAGUGAGACUGACAGGCCUGUAGUUUCCAGGGUUUUCCUUCUUGCCCUUCUUUGAAAUCGGGACAUCAUUUCCCAGCUUCCCGUCAUUUGGGACCUCUCCAGAUAACCAAAACUGUUCAAAAUCAUCGAGAGUCUUUGUGAUGACAUCAGCCAGCUCUUUGUGGUUUCUCAAAUUAAUCCCAUAAGGCCCCAUAGAUUUGUAGGAUCUAGGUACAAAAACAUGUGACAAAACUAUUUCAUCUGUGGCCAGCACCCGCAGGUCCUUGCAGCAUCCAGCUGUGAGGUUGUGCAACAGAGCCAAUAAAUCACCCUUGUGUUGUUUGGGAGCUGA